AUGUUUGCCGCAGUGACUUGUCUAAUUGCGCUAUCAGCCCUCCUCCAACCUGUAGCCUCUUACGGCAAUAACAAGUCCCCUUCAAGGAACGCAGUCCUUCUGUCAGACGUCCAAACUCUUACUUUCCACGCGAAUCGCAAAACUACCCACCGUCGAGUCUCCGCGAUACCCCAGCUCAACUGUGUUGGACCAUCUAAAGAAAUAUGCUCUCUCUACAAACCAGACGUCAUCCGAUGUUCCAACGAAGGGUAUGACUAUGAUGAAAAUGAUGUACAGUGGACCUGCACAGCACAACUCCCACCCGAAUUCAAGCUUGGAGGGACAGAGGUAAUUUGCGAAGGUUAUCGGAACUCCAACGAUCCAUGGAUUCUUAAGGGGAGUUGCGGCGUGGAAUAUAGGCUCUUGCUUACUAGUAUGGGGGAAAAACGGUACGGCCAUAUCCCCCAUGAUAGAGACGGGUACGACGAAUCAAUAUGGUCUACUAUUAUCCGGAUGGCUGUGUUUUUCGGCCUGUUCAUGGCUGUUGUUAAGCUCCUUCAAUACUGUACUGGUAUACAAGGCCAAGGAUGGGGAAGAAAUGGCGCGGGAGGUGGUGGAGGAGGAGCAGGUGGUGGUGGCGGCGGAUGGUGGCCUCCAGGCCCCCCGCCUCCAUACGAUUAUCAGCAGCCCAGGUUCGCAAAGGAUGAUUGGCAAUCGUGGAGACCAGGUUUCUGGACUGGUGCUUUGGGCGGUACCGCUGCAGGGUAUGCAAUGGGAAGAGGCUCACGAAGAGGAGGAGAUAACACCUUCAGGACUGGCAGCAAUAAUGCCGCUCCGGGGCCUUCAUUUUCUUCUUCAACAAGGGAAAGCACUGGGUUUGGAGGUACAAGGCGUCGCUAA